CCUGUCCCGACUACACCUGAACACAUCUUCCUGACCCCGUUGAUCCCCCUAGUUAUCGAAGGUCAGUGAGAGCAUGGAGGAGGACAAGACCUCGGCGGGAGAGAAGAACAUGGCAUCGAUGGAAAAACCGUUGAAAACUCUACAGAAGAUUCAUCUCACCCGUUUCCGUGCACGCACGUGUCGCCUGAGGGAGCACCGGGUUAAGUGCUUGGCCAUGCACAAGGAUUACAAUGAGACUCAAACCGAGCCCAAAGGAAGUCCAAGCCAAGAGAGGGAGAGCUCAUCACCAUCAGGAUCUUCAACCAAGCAACAGGCAGAUACGUCCCUGGAGUAUACAGAUUCUGUCUACAGUCCAGGUACCUACAUCCUAUACCUCCCCGGCUCAGAUGAUGAGGACCCAGAGGAACCACCCCUGACAAGAACUGAGAGCCUAAUGUUGGCCCACGAACACAUCGAAAACAUCUCCAAUAUGUUGGAUGCAUCAGAGGCCUAUAAGAGCUGCAGGUGUGAUGCAUGUGUUCAAUCAGGAGACUUGAUGCAUGAGAGCAGCUCGGAGCAACCUGAGGGUCCUCAAGGCCAAGUUGAUGUGGUGGAAGAGAACACUUGGGAAGGAACGAGACGACCUAGGACUUCUCCAGAUGAAGGAUCUUCCGGAUCAGAGAGAAGAUGGCAGCCUGACAGGGACAGGAUUUAUGGCACUACAAAAGGAACAACACCAGUCUUCAUACUGGAACAAAUAAAUAUACAGGCAGAGGAUCCUCCUUGAAGAGACGCAAGCAGUGGUAAAAUCCCCCAGGCCUUUCAUGGAGUCUGGUUAAGUACCCAGCAAAGCAGAGGGCAUUGCCUAUAUCAAGGCUUCACAUGGGGCCCCUCAGAAGAUGCAACUGGCAGAAGUGAUGUUCUUAGUUAAAAACCAACUAUGCCAUGUAUCGUCAAGUUCAAGAAUAAAUGACUGACUUUUGCAGUUCUGUUUGCACAUAUGUUGAUUCACACUUGGUUGAAAUUUGGCUCAUCUUUCGGUCCAGUUUCCCGUUUUCAGUGCAAGUAUUGAUAUGCAUGCCUUGAUUUAAGGGGUGUGACCCCCUGUUCUGUUCCCACAUUCCUGCAGUUCCUGCAAUUAA